AUGCCUCCCAAACGCGCUUUAAGUCAACCACCAGUACUUCCCCGCCUCACUCGAGCGACAGCCUGGAGGGACGAAUACCAUCGGAUCACUACACGGUAUCUAGGGUUUAUUAACGGCUUCCCAUCCAUACCCGAAGAGCCCAAUCUUAUAGGGCCUCCGCAGGAUUGGAAUGCUGGGUAUCGUCGAGGACUCUUAGCCACCCGCGCUUUCGUCCUAAAUACCAAUACCCCGCUUUCCGAGGUUAGCAACCUUAUCGCCCAACUUUGGGACCUUUUUGAGACAAUAAUCAGGGCUCGCAACCGCAUUGUGGGUGCAGAGACGGUAGCGGAUAUACGGCGUAUCCAUGCAGUACGCGACUCCUAUGACCCAGCCAAUCUACGGGAGCACGCUCUAAGUCUCAUUAGCGCAUGGGCUGCUCUUGCCCUAAACCCACACCUUAGGACUACCUCACUGGUACUCUACCGACUGGGUGUUACCCUUCGUUGGGAGUUAUCUGAACGAAUCGAACAUUAUUGGAAUGAGCACAACUAUCCCACGAUCCUCGACGAAAAUGACCAUAGCCAGGUGGUCGGAAGCUUUCGGGCACAGCUGUCUUCUAUCGCGGCCGAUUGUCAACGUGCCGCCCCUAAUAUCCGGCCUGUGACCCCGGAAGUCCGCAACGCUCUCCUCGCAGGGCUCCGAGAAUCAUUAGAGUUCUACCGCGACUCACAAAACCCAUUUCUAGACAGAGCGGCCCGAGCCCGCGCAGCUGGAGCGGUUAGCAACGCGACGCGGGAUCUCUGGAUGCUCCUGAAUACCUUCUUCCAAAGCGGCGGUCCGAACAACACUGGCUUCCAUCACGACGUAGUCACCUUCCUUAGGAGGCUCGUCGAGAUCUAUGAGACAACCCUUUCGUUUAUGGAUAUAAACGAGACCUUCCUAUGGGCGUGCUUCUGCACUGGCCUACAGUUCCACAAGGUGUCACACAGCCCCCCUAACUGGCAGGGCCCUUAUUCAGUUGUCACACCUUAUGUAGCAAUCUCGUCAUCUGAGUCUGGCCAGGGCUCGGAUAUAAACCCCGGACUUGACGGUGCUGGUGAUCAAUUGACCGGGUGGAGUCUUAUCCGGUCCGGCCUACACCAGCAGCCACUUACUACGGAUAUGGAAGGCGUUGUCGCUGCUACCAAUGCUGGAAAGCUCAAGUGUAUUAUUUGUGCUAAGGCCGUCCAGCUAGGAGAUCAGGUUGUCUCCCUCCGUCCGCACUGCCGCCACUGGUUCCACCCCCGUUGCCUUGAUAGUCUAAUGCCACAGUUUACCGAGCACUGCCCGGUAUGCGGUAUACAUGUCAAGCCGGGUGGUAACUGA